AGCGUGUGGGCGUGUGGAACAUUCCCUACAUGGCUCAUAUCUACUUGAUAAAGGGAGAGGUCCUGAGAAACGAGCUGAAGGAGAGGAACCAUUUUGUUUUGGAGAAACUGGAUCCUGACAUGGCUCUGUGCAGACACGCUAGAGAACUGACCAAUCACAGAGAAAAAGACUCCCCCAACCCGGAAACAUUCCAUAUGCUCAGAGUUCCAAAGGGAAUGUUCAUGUACAUUACAAACCGUCAUGAGUUUGGAAGGCUGAUAUCCACAGCAAACUUUAACACAUCACAUUACAACAGUGAUCUGUGGCAAAUAUUUGAGAAUCCAGUGGACUGGAAGGAGAAAUACAUCCACCCCAACUACACACGCAUCUUCACAGAGAACUACCUAGAAGAGCCAUGUCCAGAUGUGUUCUGGUUCCCGGUCUUCACGGAGCGAGCCUGUGAUGAGCUGGUGGAGGAGAUGGAACACUAUGGGUCCUGGUCUGGAGGCAACCACGAG